AUGAGUACUGCCGCUGAGCUUGCUGCCUACCAUCAUCAGGUCCACGAAUCUACGAUCGCCGUGUGGACACCUGCUGCAAUUGCCGUCAUAUUUCUUGCAGUCAGGUUGUACAUAAGAUAUAGCAGACUUGGCUCAUGGCUGUUGGAUGAUUGGCUGCUAUUCCUGGCAACUGCCGCGUUGAUCACUGGGUGUGUGCUCGUCAGUGUUUCCUUUGCGAGUGACAUUUCAAAUAAUGAUGGAAAGCGCCAUUUCUUUACCUACCACCAAGCGAGCAGCGUGGUCUUGACUGGGGCCACCACCUGGAGCAAAUGCGCCUUCAUUCUCACUCUUUGGGGUGUUACCAAUAGCCGUGGAGCCAAGCUGUUUCUUGUGUUUCUCAUGGCCAGUUCGCAUCUUCUACUAGUUGUCAGCGGACUGGGCAUAUAUGCGCCCGCAUGUGGCGAUCCCAAGAUACCGCUGCGCCCUUACUAUGCUGGAGUAUGUUUGAAAGAGACCGUGGUGCGAUUCAUGUUCUUGUUGCCUAUCGUCUACGGAGGGAUUAUGGAUGUCGUGCUAUCACUAUAUCCGUGGAUGAUUGUUCGGAACCUCCAACUUCAGAACCGCGAGCGACUAGGUGUAGCUAUUGCUAUGAGUUUAGGAGCAAUUACCGGUGUUAUAGUCAUUCUUCGUUCAGUUCUGCAAUUCAAGAAAUUAGUUGGGCGAUUUGAUUCUCUUGCAUUUCUUCAGAUAUUCAACACUCUCGAGCCCGCGGUCACAGUUAUUCUCCAAACUAUCCCUAUUUUCCGUGUUCUUUACAAAGAGGCCAGAGCAGUCAGGAGCAGGUACAAUAUACAAUCGCUCCCAGAGAAUCAAACGUCUCAAUCGCGGCUAAGGAAACCCCCUAGCGCAAGAGAACGUGCAAGCGUGGCGGAUGGAUAUGAGGAACUUGAGAUGGAACACUUCAGUAAUAAGCCGAAUGAUCGCAUUACGGAGGUUCUGAAGGAUAGAUAG